AUGGACACACAAGACCCGGACAGCUUCAACCACAGGUCGGAAAAGUUGUCGACUGGUCGUAUAUACCAUUUCAUAGACCAACAGCCAGAAGGCUAUGACCCACGCCGUCACGCUACCCUACUCUGCGUCCAUGGCUUCCCCGAUUUUUGGUAUGGCUGGCGCUACCAGAUCGGCCCGUGGGUUCGUCGCGGAUAUCGUGUGGUUGUCCCGGACAUGUUAGGAUAUGGCGGCAGUGAUAAACCCGAGAAUCCUUCUGAAUAUUCAGCUAAGAAGCUGUGUGCGGACCUUGCCGCACUCCUAGACAUUUUAGAUGUUUCUCAAGCUGUCUUGAUUGGCCAUGACUGGGGUUCACACAUUGUCGGAAGGUUCGCUCUCUGGCAUCCGGAACGUCUACUGGCUCUCGUUAUGAUGAGCGUCCCGUAUACUCCCCCUUCUCGAGUAUAUCUGCCCGUGGAGGAAGUUGCUCAGCGUGCUCCUAAUCUUGGAUAUCAAGUUUACUUUGCGAACCCGAAAUCUUCUUCUGAAAUUGAUGCCAACUUGAAGCAGUUCAUACGUGUGCUUUUCAGGCCGCCAGAGUCGUCUUUGAAUUUUACAGGUCUUGGAUUGCUCGAAAAGUAUGUCCAGGAGCUGGAAAACCACGAGGAACGCGCGUACUACGUUGAUGUGCUUGGAAAAGGAAUGAAUGGGCCGCUCAAUUACUACCGGACGGCUAAAUUCAGACAUGAUGAAGAAUUAGGUUUACAACCGAAUCUCAGAGCUGAUCUACCAUUCCUGUUUAUGUGGGGAACAAUGGACCCGACGGCUGUGCCUUCUGUGAUGACAAAGUCCAAAAAGUUUAUCUCAAGGUACCAGGACGUUGCGCUUGAAGGUCGAGGACAUUGGAUCAUGGUGGAAGCAAAGGCUGAAGUGACGGAGAAGAUUGCAGAAUGGCUCGAGAAGCUUACGUGUGGCAAAUACUCAACGAAACUAUAG